AUGCGGUUUAAGGCUAAUCUAACCAAUCCAACGGCAUUGCAUAAGAUUGCUCAGACUUUUGAAAAACUGGGGUCUACUUGUAUUGUGUCGCUUUCCAAUAGUACAGUACAAUUGAUCAAGUUACGCGAUUCUGACAGUGGUGUACAAGCGUGGACCAAAUUUGAUCCAUCCCUCAUAUUCCAGGCAUUUCGUAUCGAAAGCGCGUAUAAUAAUCAGAUAUAUUUGUCACUCGCUAUUGAUGAUUUGGUCCGCGCAACACGAACGGCACAGCAAUGUAGUGAUAUUCAGCUUGCUCUACGGAAGAAACGCAAUACAACAAUACUGGAUUGGAGUAUGGUCACUCAAAACAGAGGUGGCUCAACAACCAUCAUUGGCCAAGAAAUAUGCGUGUCACUCAUUCCGCAUGAUCGAUGGCGCACAUUUCGUGAACCACUCUUUGGUGGCUACCCCGACUCAUACAUUAGGUUACCUGAUCUUAUGAGCCUAAAGUCUAGUGCGACCCGCCUUAAAUCUUUAAGCAAAUAUCUCAUCAUCUCAGCGAAUAUGGAAGGCACACUAAAACUAAGAGUGGAAACGGACCUAGUUCAAUGUGAAUCAAUUUACCACCACUUGGAAAAUCCACGUAUCGAGAACUAUACACCAUCUGGUGACCCUGCCGACUUCCAAUCGGUCAAGAUAAGCUCGGAGGAUUUUGUCAAUAUUCUCAAUAGUCAUCACUUGGAUCCUGUCAGAACAGUGUGCGCCAUCCAUGACAAACUUCAAGUGACUUUUUACGUAUAUGUUGAUCUCGAAGCACACCAAUCAAAUCCAACUUUUGCUAUAGCAGGCACUCAAGAAACAUCCGUUACAUUUCAUCUCCCCGUUUACCACAACUAA